CCGUGUACUUUUCGGUAUUUGAAGUUUCGUUUCAGAAAGUAUAAUUUAAAAAAGAAAAUGAGACACUUAUUUAAUUCUCAACUUAAAAAGCUAAAAUGAAAAACGUAAAACAAUUGUUUUUUUCAUUUUGUCCUUUCGCACAUCAGAAACGAAAAACCCAAGAAAAAAGAACGAGAAAGGGCCCUUUAUUUAUUUUGUCUGAACCGGAAGUUUUAGUAGGUCAACAACCUGUACAAGUGAUGCGCAAACUUAUGGCAAACACUGUAGUGUGGACAUCAUGACGUUGGAAAAAUACUCAGACGUGAUCAUGGAGAUGGCAAAACAAGGCCUGUCAUCGGAAAUUAUAUCAGAGCGUCUGUCAUAUGAACACGGGGAAGUGAGAGGAUUUUCUGCGAGAAAUGUUAGAAAGUUUUGUGCUGAGCAAAUCACUAGCUGUCGACUCUCGGACACACGGUUGGAGCUUGAGGUGACACAAGCUAUAAAUGAGGUGGGCCCAACAUAUGGCCGCAAAAUGAUGAAGGGCUAUCUGUCCACAAAAGGGGUACAUGCUGCAGAGGGACGAAUUGGGUCAAUUUUAAGAGAGGUGCAUCAACCUUAUCAUGAAGCAAGACGCCAGGGAGCUCGGAAUCUUAAUCCCACACCGUACCAUGCUGAAUGCAUGGGGCACAAGGUUCACCUGGACCAAAACGAGAAACUUGUAAUGUUUGGAGUCACCCAUGUUUUAGCUGUAGAUGGAUUCAGUAAAAAGAUUGUGAGUCAUUCCACAAUGCCAAUCAAAAACAACUUGAGCAUCUAUGAAUAUGUUUUCAGACCUGCAGUGAUCACCUAUGGUAUGUGGGACCAGGUGCGAGUAGACCAUGGAAAGGAAUUUUAUUUAACACUGUUCAUGCAAGAGAUGCUGUCACAUCAUCGCUUCAAUCAGGAGAGACUGCCUUAUUUACAGACCUCAUCCACAAGAAACCACACAGUUGAAAGGAUUUGGCCUGAAAUCAACAACCGUGUCAACUACCCACUAAAAACUGCCCUACUCCAGCUGAUGGACCAGGAGGAGAUAGAUAUGGAGGAUAACCUUGUGCGAUACUGUGUGUCCAAUCUAACCUGUCAGCUGUGUAACAUUGGUCUUGCAAGUGUGGUAGAAUCAUGGAAUGCUCAUAGAAUCCCAGGAAAAGGCAUACCAAAUCACUUUGCAGAACAUGGGUGUAAAAGAAGAAUUUCUCCAGAGCUCUUGCCAAAUGCACUUGAAGCAGCAGACCUUUACAGGCAGCACUUGGGAUCUGCACUCAAAGAAUAUUCGACUUUUGGAGUUGAUCCCUUCACAACCGAACAGGACAAACUUAGAACAGAGAGUCAUUUUGCAGAAAAAUAUCCUGAUAUUUCACAUUUGUUUUUUAGAGCCGUAAAUGGUGACUUUAUGCCAUACAAAGAAGCUCUGCUCUGUCUCAUAAACAUAACUCAGAGAAAUGUAUGAACCACUGCAUCUGUAAACUGUACAGAACAGACAAAAAAAAAAAUCAACUGACUGUAAACAUUUGUGUGUACACACUACAUUACUCCUCUGCAAAAAAAGAUUUCAAUACAGAAAAUGCAGCUGUUAGACCAGUAAUUUGUAGAACUCCGUUGUUACUCUCCCUGCAUUUUGCACAGUGCUGUGAUGUCUCUUGCCACUGUUCCACACAUGUCUUGCAGCCAAUAA